UUGGACUGAACCUUACAGCUCAAGAUAUUGCAGAAAAAAUCCCAUAUAGGAUUUUAGCAGCUUUUUGGAAAGGUCAAUGAUGUGAAAAAUCCUAAAUGUCAUGUUAUGAUGUUGUUAUAUAUUCAUAUUCAUCUGUUUGCGUCAUAAAGCAGUUAUACUCCGCAAUAUUGACUUUGAAAGAUGGCGGGAAAUUUUGAACUCAUCAAUAUGAUAGGUUCAGGAACCUAUGGAGAAGCUUGGUUAGCAAGGCACCUGAAGAAUGACAAGAAGUGCGUUGUUAAAGUUAUCAAAAUUCUCAAGUUGUCAGAAAAAGAGCUGGACCGAUCAUUGACUGAGGUAUCGAUUCUGGCCAGAUGUAACCAUCAGAAUAUCAUCAGCUACCUUGAUGCUUAUGUCAAAGAUGGCAACCUCAACAUAGCAAUGGAAUAUGCAGACGGAGGUGAUCUACACAAAAAUAUAGUUGGUCAAAAAGGCAUUCAUUUCGGAAAAGAGGUAAUUUUUGAAUGGUUUGUGCAAAUCUGUCUUGCACUGAAGUACAUCCAUUCCAGUAACAUUCUUCACAGAGAUCUGAAGUCCCAGAACAUCUUCCUGAACAGCAAGCGUGUCAUUAAGCUGGGAGAUUUUGGGAUUGCGAGGAUAUUACGAGACCAUGCUGACCAUGCCAUGACAACUAUAGGCACACCAUUCUAUCUCAGUCCGGAAAUAUGUCAGCGCAAACCAUAUAACCACAAGAGUGAUCUGUGGGCUGCUGGUUGCGUUCUGUAUGAGCUAUGCUGUCUACGUGUCCCUUUCAAUGCUCAAAAUUUUGACUCCCUUGUAAUGAAAAUCUUACAGGGAAAGUGUGACCCAAUUCCAAGGUAA